UUCCUUCAGCGCAGCGUCAUAGUGACGACCUAUUAUUUUGAACUUUCGUUUUCGCGACUCUUACUUUACACGGCUCUGGGCUCUGAACAACAAUAUUAUCAAACGUUUCGUCGAAUCAGAAAGCAGGGGGGCGUAGACGAAUGGCAGUCAACGACGCGCACUGUAUGUACUUCCGUCAAUAUCGCAGUAAAAGAGACAAGAAGCAGAAACAGGAACUAACGACACAACGAACGAGUCGCUAAAGAGCACACAUAAGGUGGUAUAGGUUGCAGCAAAACUUCUCUGCCCCAAGCUAAAUGCCUUUCUUGGGCAAGGACUGGAGGUCUCCAGGAUGGAGCUGGACAAAGACAGAGCAUGGCUGGAAGAGGAUGUUCCUCUAUGGACACGAGUUGGAAGAUAACAGAGAAAUAGACUUGAAAGGGCUCUGCAAUGACAAUCUGUUCGUUGGAGAUGUGUGUGAACUUGCCACGACGAAGAGGAAAAAGGACCUCCUCAACAAUAACACCAAGUCUCAGUUUAUGUUCGUGGAUAAAUGGAUCUACGUGCAUAACAGGAGCACGAAAGAACGACAUGUGUACUCCACGCUUGGUGAAGCACUCAACCGUCUAGACUUUUCCAGUGCGAUUCAGGACCUGAGAAGAUUCAACUACGUUGCAAAACUUUUCCAGCUAAUAGCCAGGACUCAGCUGACCUGUUUAGGUGGAGCUGCACAGAAAAACUAUUUCAACAUUCUGGAGAAGAUUGUACGAAAGGUUCUAGAUGACCACUACAACCCGCGCCUUGUCAAGGAUUUGCUGCAGGACCUGAGCUCGACGCUGCACAAUCUGACUAUCCAUGUUGGCAGGUGUGUCCUCGUGGGCAACGUUAACAUCUGGUUGUGCAGACUGGAGACCAUUCACAAAUGGAGGAAGCAGGUCAACAACCUGCAGAUCCCCGAGCAAAUUUGUAAUGGCAUGACAUUCGACGACUUGCCGAUACACAUGCAGAGCAAGAUCCUUUGUGAGUUAUCUGAUGCCUAUGACAUCAUUAACGUCGGGCAGGCCAUGCCUACUAUGCACGGCCUCAGUGAGGACAGGAUACUUUGGAAGAAACUCUGCCACUUUCACUUCUCAGACAAGCAGUUUGGUAGGAACUUGGUCCUAUCCAACAGUGAGAAAGUGGACUGGAAGCUGAUGUACUUCACCCUGAAAAAACAUUAUCCAAUGAAGGAGCAGUACGGCGACACCUUGCACUUCUGCAAAAACUGUAGCAUCCUCUUCUGGAAGGAUUGCCACUUGGCUUUGUUAUUCAAGGACUGUGGCCAUCCAUGCACUGCCAAUGAUCCAGACAGCUGCCUCGUGCCCAUUUCUCCACAGCACUUCAUCGACCUCUUCAAGUUCUAAACUCAUCCCAUGGUCAUCGAGCAAACCGCCAUUACCCUCACUCCCAAAACAAGAGUGUGUGUGUGAGAACUCAAGGUCGUUUAUCCAAAUACAAAGAGCUUCAACUGAGAGAGAUGACUUUUUUUAAUGUCUUCAUUUCCUUACGCACAAGUGUUUCCAUAAGAAAAGGAAAGGUUUGUCGAUUUUAAGAAAGUUGCUCAUGGUUGUAAUACAUAGAACCUUUUUCCUUCUCCUGCACAAAUAUUUGUCUUUUCAGAGAGAAGAAAUGAGCUAUUCAUGAGAGGAAAGGCACAAAUAAUAUUUAAAUGUAAUAUGUGAAAGGAUUUAUACGUCUACGGUAUUGUAGCAUGUGUACGGUAAGUGGUCAUAGGUAAUGUCUAAGAUUUAGUUGUUGUUGUUUUUUUAUGGAAAAAGGGAGGGAUAUUAACUUGUGUUAAUAGUUUAUUUAAUGGGGUUAACUAUUCUGUUCGGUUGUGAUAUUUAAAUAGUAUGGUGGUAUAACUGAAUGCAUGUCAUGUGUGAUUCUCUGUUUACAUACUGUAUGUUGUCCUUUGGGAAUUUGUGCUGUGCUCUGUGUACAUUAGCGUCAACACUAAAGAAAAUUAUGAAAAACAUAAUAGAUUUUUGCGAUCUACUGUGGUUAAAAUUGUCAACCAUUUUUGUAUCUUUCCUCCAACUUUUGUAAUAUUCCGAUGCCGUCCCAACACUCCUGGUGGAGCCAUCAUGAUUUGUAUGGGACAUGCACUAGCUUUAAAUAAUUAAAUGUUUCUAAAAGCC